AUGGAUGCUUUAGAGGGUGUUUUAUCUUUACUAAUUUAUGGGCAAGUAUUAUUCCACCAUUAUGAUAAAAUUAUUGAUGUGGCUGCUAUCAAGAUAUUCCUCAGUAAGAAUCCCGUUCCUACUCUACUCGAUGGCUUGUUACAUUCUAUCCAUUUUCGAGCGUCAAAAAGGAAAGGUUGUAUUCUUGGAUGUGCUCCUCUAUUACAUAAGUGGUUUAUUUCGCACUUACCCCGCUCCGUAAGAAAGAGUGAAGAAGGUUUAACUUGGGCUCAGAGAAUUAUGAAGCUUUCUUUUGACGACAUCACCUGGUAUCAAAAGGAGUUUGAGAGAACUUUGUUGUUUGAUUGUUGUGGAGAAUUCCCAAACAUAGCUCUUCUUGGUGUUCAUGGAGGAAUAACAUAUAAUCCUAUUUUUGCUCGACAUCAGUUCGGUUUCGCUUUAAAAGAAAAGUCGUGUUCCUUAUAUAUUAGUGCAGAAUAUUUUAGCUAUGAUUCUGAUGAAGCUACGAAAAGAGAUCUCUUCAUUAAAGCCUGUUCAAAAGUAAAGAAAGUUGGUGCAAAAGACAUAGGGAGGAGAAACUACAUCCCAUUAGGCCCAUACUUCCAAUGGAUCUAUGACAGAGUUGUGGAGUUUGGGAUGCCAUACCCAUCUGAUACGCCUAUAGUACUAAGAAUAGCUCCUCCUGCUGUUCCGGUUGCGUUUGUGCCAUAUGUCCCUGCUCGAAACUAA